UUGGAUUCUUAUUAUUCUGUCUCCUUUAACACCAAAUGUUUGUGUCUGUGUUCCUGUUUUUCUCUAAUCUCUUGGCACCGCUACUUGGUGCUUUUUCUUCGUACCUUUUAACAUUUUGAAGAGACUGCUGCCAGUCUGUUAAAGGAUGAGAGAAGAGCAGGAGCUCAGAAGAUCCCAGAAGAUCUCAUGUCAGGGGAAGCAGAAGAGACUGAAUAUGAAGAUGUUGGAAAAGCCAUUGAAUAUGAAUCUACACAGACAUGUGAACCACAGGAAGGGAUGUUUAGGACUGUGCAGGAACCUGAUGGUGAUAUAUCUGUUACUGAUGGUUUAAAGACACAGGGCCUGCCAACAAGACAAGCUCACUUAGAGGCUGUCAUGACAGAAACAAAAUCUAAGAGUAGAAAAGCUGCAGCAGUUCUGGAAAAACUCACUGAAAGAAAAAGUCAGGUUGAAGAAAAUGUUCAAAAAGAGACUGAACAGCAUAAAGUUUCUCAGAGUAGUGAAGUUAAAAAUGAGAGUUCAGAAAGUUCAGCCGAAGCUGCAUCACAUCAAAAACAGGAGACGUUUGAAGCUGAUGCAAAGAUCCAGAGGCUCAAAGAUAAACCUGAAUCAUCAGUGAGAAAAACAGAGUUACCCAGUAAACCUUUAGGAAAAGUUUGUCUCCCCAAGAAAUCAGAGGAAUCUGAUGUGGAAGAGAAACUGGUAGAAGCUGCCAAUAUUACCAUCCAGUCUGUCCAGUCAAAGGCAGCCACAGUUAAAGAUCCCAAAACUACUCCCACUGAGGAGCUGAACAAAACAGAAAACGUCAGUAAAUCUGAUGAAAUUAUGAAUAGAUUUACAGAACAAGAUGCUGCCAUCAAGUUAAAAGUUAGAAAUGCAAAUGAAACUAUGAAAGGCCUGCAGCUGAGUUCGCCUGAAAUGGAAGAAAAUAUGUCCGAACUUGAUGACGUCAGAUUUGAGCAAGCCGAAGUUGAAACCUCAGUUCCUCCUGAGACAGAUGCAACUAAAGUCACAGAUGGUACGAGCUCAGACAAGGUUCCUCUGGAGGAAAAGGGAAGGGGACAGAUUCAAGACCAAUCUGAGAUUAUAAUCAGAGACAGCAAGUCAACCACAGAAAGACAAGGAGACAGUUCCUCAGUGGAACCAGCCAAAGAUCUGUCAUUAGCACAAGCUGCUUCAAAAUUUCAUCCCAAAAUAAAGACACAGGUCAGAGACUUUGCCGGAAGUAAGCAUCAUAUGGCAGAAAGCAUUUCUGCAAAGGAAGGUGACCAAGGUUCAGAAGAACCACAGAGGUUAGUUAAAGCUGAAGAGGCUCUUGUUGAGUCAGUACAGAACAAGACCACAGUGAAAGAUAGAUGUUCUAAAGCUAAACUGACUGAAGAGAUGGAGCUGACACUCAAACCAAGCCAGGACAUAGAUGUAGUGGAGAUAAAACCUGAAGAGGUUUCUGAAGAACCAGCAGAGAAAGAAGCUGCAUUCAGUCCAGAGGAGGUUCCUGAGUCAGAGGCCAGUCCUCUGAAGAACGAAGGAGGACAGAUGUUACGUAAAUGGGACAAAGCUGCAGAUGAAACUGCUCCAGAUGCUUGGACUGACCUGAAGAAACCAACAACGCAGCAAGAAGCUUCAGAUACACCUGUAACGAUCAAAGCACGUCAGAAAGGGACUGCGAUAAGUGCCACUGGAAAACAGAGGACAACUGAAGCUACAGGUGAUGCAACCAAGAAAGAAUCACCUGAACCUGAAAGGACUGUGGUUGAAGAAGACCAGCUAAAGGGGAACACAGUUACAGAUCAAACUUUCAAAGUUUUUACUCUUCAAGAGACGACAGCAACACGGCAGCAGAUGGAAAGAACUGCUUCAGCGACGCCCAUCGUUGAGGAGACAUCUGAAGAAGUAAACACAGAUCCUGACACCCUGCCAGAAACCAGAAACACUAAAACUAAAAAUGUCAUCUCCAUUGAAGACUGGAUACAAAAAUCACAGGAACAACAAAUUAAAAGGAAAGUUGUGGUUGGAAAAACAAGAAAGGAGGGAAUGGCAAAGACAGAAUCCAGAUCCUUAAAGGAAGCAACACCAAAGACUGGAGAUGUUACAGAUGAACCUCAGUCAGCAGUUGUUCUGGUCAAAGACAGAGGAAACCAGACACGUCUAGCUGAAGGGGGGCAGCAGGUCCACAAGACUGGGCCUGAAGAAGCAGUGAGAGACGAUGCUUCACAGCCUGUUUCCCAUAAGAAAAGUGAAAAAGACAAAACUUCAAAGUCAGGAAACUCUAAGAAGGUUACAGAGGAAGAGCGCCGAGACCCAGCAGCUACAGAUCUACAUACGAGUGUCAGACCUUUGAGAGCAACAGCAAUGAAACAGAAACAAGUAGAAACACAGACUUCAGUGGUUUCUGCUGAAAGGCCCACGACAAAACAAACCAUUAAAACAGCUGGACGAGCACAGAGCACUGCAUUCGAUGACGUGGUCAAAGAAAAGGCUGAAGGAAACAUGUUGAACCUGGAAACAGAUGAAAGCAACAGAGUGGCUCCCCGUGAAAAGAAACGCUUAGAAAGACAAGAACACUUGAAAGUAACCCAACUACAGAGGAAACAUUCUGGUGAAGACAAAGAAACAGGAGACACCCGUCAACCAGAACCCAUCCCCACAAAGACAGAAGAGACAGAAAAGGUAGCUGGAGAAGCAGAAGAGAAGAACCAGACUCCGAGACCAACUGAAACAAAAAUGAUGGCUGAGAUGAAAGUAACAGAGAAGAAACCAGGUGAUCUUUGUCACACAACAGACUUCAAGCACAUUCCCCAUGAAACGAAGGAACAAUCAGAACAAGUUCCACAAAAGAAAGAAGCAACUGAAGAACAUCCAAAGUCUGACCAAAUGUCAGAUAUUAUACUUGAAGAUGUUGUCACAAAGAAAUCCAGAUCUCUUGAAGCAGAAGGCCAGAGGUUGGACAAAAACAGAAACCUGUGUCUGGAGGAGGUGCAGUCCAAAACAGAUAUCGUUAGAGAUGAAUGUAGGAGUUUUACUGUGUUUGAAACGAAACUCAGUCAAGCUACAAAGGCUUCUGUGGCACCUGUGACGGAGGCUGCAUCUGAAAAACAUCUCAUAACUCCACUUAGAGAUUUAAAACCAGGUACUCCUCAAAGGUUUAUUGUUCUAGACAAGCUAGAAAAACAUUUAGCAUCAGAAAAAGAGACAGUGAAUGAACUACAAAGACAAGAGUCCACCAAGGCAAGUGUGGAUACUGUAGCAGGAGAUCAAGAGUUUAAGCAAUUAAAAGAAGUCACAAGUCAAUUAAAAACUGGUAGAACUGCACUAGAUGAAGGUAAAAUACCAUCAAAGCAGGAAACAAAGGCAACAAGAGGAACAUUGCUCAGAGGAGAUACUACACAAGGACAUGAGGAAGGUCAAUACAAAGGAGAGGAAACAGGUGAGGGCUUUCAGUCUGCAGUAGACGUAGUGAAAGAUGUUUGUCCACCUGUAGACACAAAGCAGCAACAGGCUUCCAGGACACCUGUAGUGGAUGCUGCACAUGAAAAACCAUUGGUUGCAAAAGAACAAGAUACAUUAGCUGCUGCUCUACAAACGUGUAGUUCCUCAGAUGAUGGCGUAAAAGUUACUAGAUCAGUAGAGAGGGAAGGUUACGAAUCAAAUGAUACUUCUUAUGCAGCUAAAACUAAAGAAGUACCGCAAAAUACUUGUGGAAAACGCAGCAGGAUGGCAGAGGUUGUUGGAACUAUUCCAAUAAAGUUUCCAGAACUGACUGAAUCUAGUGCACCAGGAGAGGAAAUUCCCUCACAGAUGGUCGCAUGUAAACCUGACACAGGUACAGGAAGUACUGUUAAAGGGGAACACGCUGAAAUGGCAUUUAAAGGAUCACGGCUAUCAGACAUAGUCACAACAAGGAUGGAACCUAAAGCAUGCAAAGAAGGUUCUAAAGAUGAACCAAACACAGAACAGUCAGUAAACAGAGCUGAGGUAGUGUUUGAAAGCCAGGAAUCAAAAGACGGUUUUGAUGUGAGGCUUUGGCGUGAGCCUGCAGUCAGAGAGCCUUCAGUAACAGAUCACACCAUCGGAGGGAGGCCGCAGUCGGACGACCGCUUCACGCUUCAACCAACCAGAAGCAGAGAAGCUCCGGGCUGUCGGUCCGUCGUAGAAACAAGGGGUUUGACUCCAGAAGGGACAGAACAUGCCUUCCUUCAAGAAGCUUGCAGAGGUACAGAGGAAGAACUCUGUCACUGAGCACUUGUUUUUGAUCUGAGCACCUCAUCGUAUCCAGAGGAUGUCAUGUCAUUCACCCAUCUGUCUGAAGUCCGCUCAGGCACUCUGAUAGCACCCACUCUGACUUCUGUACUCAUACUACUUGUUUGUGUCUGUUUUAUUGCACUGUGUGUGUGUGUGUGUGUGUGUGUGUGUAGGUGUAGGUGGGUGUGUGUGUGUGUGUUGUUUUGCACAGUGGAAUAUUUUCAUGUACCUUUCAUCCGUCUUUGUGCAUUUUCUUGGGGAUUUUUCCCGUUAUUUGUUCUUGGUUCGGUGCUCCCCCAUCAGUCUUGCUGAGUCUGACUGUCUUGUAAUUUC